AUGAAGAUAAUUGCUGUCGCCAGCGGUAAAGGCGGCGUGGGAAAGUCUACCGUUGCCUACGUCCUAGCCAGAUCUCUUGUAAAAGAAGGAAGAACUCUUUUGCUCGACUUUGAUAUAUGCGGGCCCAGUGUCGGUGUUCUCAUGGGGCACACAUCAGAGAAAGUUCUCAUGAAAGAAAAAGGAUUUCAGCCCAUCCAAAAAACAGAAGGCCUCUACUACCUGACAAUUGCUGCCAUGAUCCCCGCUGAUUCUGCUGUAGCCUGGCGGGCUCCUAAGAAGAUAUCCCUCCUUAAGCUGUUUCUUGAAAGCGCCAAUCCAAGUGAGUAUGACUACGUAGUUAUAGACAUGCCGCCAGGUGUUACAGAUGAACACGUUUUCCUGUGCGAAGCUGCGCCAAACACUGAAAUUUUAAUUGUCACAACUUCUCAGAACAUGGCGCUUGACGAGGCAGCAGACUCCAUAGAAAUGUUCCAAAAUAGCAGAAUGAAAAUUGUUGGCGUUAUAGAAAAUAUGCGAACAAUGACGUGCCCCAACUGUUCUAGCUGCAUAGCUAUGUUCUCAAAAGGAGGAGGACAGCUGCUCUCUGAAGACCUUGGCGUUCCCUAUCUGGGCCACUUAGACUACAUUCCAGAUAUAGAAAACAUGGAUGUUCUCCCAGAAAAAGUUUUAUCAGCCAUAAGAAAAAAGAGAUAG